CUCCAAAAGUGGAAAACGUGGUCAUAACAAAAACAUGCGCUAUGACUUCUGUAAUUGUAAUGAAGCAAGCCCACCUAAGCAGACCGUUCUUUUUCUUCCUCUUCUUCCCACUUUCUGAACUUGAGUUAUUGGUUUCCAUUAAUUAGCAUAAAAUUCUUGGGAUCAGCUGGCAUUACUGAAGAUGGACGGCAAAAAUAAGAAAAUGGUGUGGUUUCAUGUUCUUUUACUGAUCAUAACCAUCUCUUUACAACUGAAACUAUGCUCAUCAAAAGACACAAUCUCUCCAGGCGAAAUCCUGACAAAGAACCAGACCAUCGUUUCGGAACGUGGUGCAUUCGAGCUCGGUUAUUUCACCCCAGGAGCUUCAAACAAUUGGUAUUUUGGCAUAUGGUACAAGAAAAUCCCCAAAAAAACAUAUGUAUGGGUAGCAAACAGAGAGAACCCAUUACGAUCGGGAAGGACGGGGAGUUUAAGAAUGGGUGUAGAUGGUAACCUGGUUCUCUUGGAUGAACUAGGAAGGUCUCUGUGGUCUACUAACACAGCUGGGGCGAUGAACACUUCAGUUGCUGUAUUGUUAGACUCUGGAAAUUUGGUCCUUCGACAAAAUGGGAGCAAUAAUGGCUCAGAAAAUGUACUAUGGCAGAGCUUCGAUCACCCAACUGAUACAAUGCUUCCAGGGGCUAAGGUGGGACUUAACCGAAAAACCAGCUUAAAUCAAUUGCUCACUCCAUGGAAGAAUGCGGAGAAUCCAGCACCUGGGACUUUUGCUUUCGGGCUUGAUCCCAAUGGAUCAGAGCAAUUCUUUGUUUGGCAAAAUGGGGUUCCUUAUUGGAGAAGUGGGCCAUGGAAUGGAGAAGGUUUUAGUGGAGCUCCUGAAGUGAAGGAGAAUAAUAUGUACAAAUUCAGCUUUGUAGAUAAUGAUGAUGAAGUUUAUUUCACUUAUGAUCUUUCUGAUGAGUCUAUUGUUGCACGGUUUGUGAUUGAUACUACAGGACUGCUUAAGCAUUAUAGGUGGAUAGAGACAAAGCAAGAUUGGAAUCUUUCAUUUUCUUUGCCUAAAAACAAAUGUGAAGUGUACUGUAUAUGCGGGGUUUAUGGGACAUGCAGCGAAGAUGGGUCUCCUAUAUGUAGUUGUUUACAAGGUUUUGAGCCUAAGUUACCUGAACAAUGGGAAUUGGGGGACUGGUCAGGUGGUUGCAUGAGAAAAACAGAGCUGACCUGCGGGGAAAAUGAGGAGGGAGAAAAAGAUGGAUUUUUGAGAAUGAAAGGCAUGAAGUUGCCUGAUGUUUUCUUUUCGCAACCUUUGCUUAGUAAUCAGAGUACAGAGAAUUGUGAAGCAGCGUGCCUUAAUAAUUGCUUAUGCUCGGCCUAUGCAUUUUCAGACAGGAAGGGGUGUUGGAUUUGGGUUGGGGAGUUGUUGGAUCUCAGAAAUGUUUUCGAUGAUGGGCAGGACCUUUUCAUUCGUCUCGCUGCAUCUGAAUUCCAUGCCAUUGGCAACAGGACCAAGGGUAGAUUAUCACAUACUCUUUUGUCUAUCAUCGUGGUCAUGGCUGCACUUAUUUUAUUGACCUUCGCAUGUUUCGCAUGGAUGUGGAGGCGAGCGCAAAAAUCGGUUAAGAUGGAACCAAUUGAGGAGUUCUUGGCACUGGAUUUGGGUCAUUCUGGAUCAACUGCUACCUUACAGAAUGCAAAUGAACAUGGGGUAGAUGGAAAAGAAGGAGCAUGUCUUGAAUUGCCUUCAUUCAAUUUGGGCAGUCUUCUGAUUGCCACAAAAAACUUCUGUGAAACCUCUAAACUUGGGGAGGGAGGCUUUGGUCCUGUGUAUAAGGGUAGAUUGCCUGAUGGGCAAGAAAUUGCUGUGAAAAGGCUAGCAAGAAGUUCUGGACAAGGUUUGGAGGAGUUCAAAAAUGAAGUAAUUCUGAUUGCAAAACUUCAACACCGCAAUCUUGUUAGGCUUCUGGGUUGCUGCAUUCAGGGUGAUGAAAAGAUACUUGUUUACGAGUACAUGCCCAACAAAAGCCUUGAUUCCUUCCUCUUUGAUCCAACCAAGCGUACACAGUUAGAUUGGGGGAAACGCUUUGAUAUCAUCAUAGGAGUAGCAAGGGGACUGCUUUAUCUUCAUCAAGAUUCACGAUUGAGGAUUAUUCAUCGGGAUUUGAAAGCUAGCAACAUCCUAUUAGAUGGGGAGAUGAAUGCCAAGAUCUCCGACUUCGGAAUGGCAAGAAUUUUCAGCAUAAAUCAAGCCCAGGCAAACACAAACAGGGUGGUAGGGACAUAUGGGUACAUGGCUCCAGAGUAUGCCAUGCAUGGCUUAUUCUCCGUGAAGUCUGAUGUCUACAGCUUUGGGGUUUUGUUGCUGGAGAUUGUGAGCGGUAGAAAGAACAAUGUAUUUUAUGAUGCUGAGCACACUCUUAAUCUUCUAGGAUAUACAUGGCAAUUGUGGCAAGAAGGUAAGGUCUUGGAGCUCAUGGAUCCUUCUUUAAGUGAAUCAUGUCAAAGAAGUGAAGUAUUGAGAUGCAUGCAUGUGGCGCUACUAUGCGUUCAAGAAGAUGCAACAGCUAGACCCAACAUGUGUUCUGUUAGUUUCAUGUUGGUUAAUGAGACGGCAACUCUACCAGCACCAACGCAACCUGCAUUCCCUUACGGAAUGAGUACAACAAAGAGUGAGAAUUUGGGAUCUGAAUCUUUUUCACUGAAUAAUGUUACAAUGACCAUUUUUAUGGCAAGGUGAAUAUGAAGUUCUACACAUUCUUUUGAGAGGAGCAUGUCCCCAGCAGGAUAUAGAUCAGAGUGAACAAAAUGUAGUUAUCUUGUUCUUGUACAUGUUGAUUGGUUUUAUUUUUUCAGCAUUCAAACGUACUAAAUAUGUAUUGCAGGGAUGAACAUCACAAGGCAUCCUGGGAUAUGUUAAAAUGUGAUUGUUA